AAAAAAAAAACUGAUAAAUCAUCAAAAAUUAGUGAUUAUCAAUAUUUUAAUACUGUUACAAGACAAGCUGCAACAAAAUGAGUAUCCUAAAUUACAUAUUUGGGCCCAAGUUGUAUAUGGAGUAUAAGGGAGUGCCAGAACCUCAGAGAAAGAUGUACGAGCCCGGAGCAGCAGAGAAAUUUGGAGAUCAAAUUCUAUCAACGCUAUCGGUAAUGUGGAACAUUAGCUACUAUACAUCCCCCCUAAUCAUUACAUUUUUGUAUCGGCGCGGAUACUUUGUGGCAGAGUCGAUGCCAACAUUGGCUAAAAUAACGACAAGCGUUGGCCUUAUUGUGAUGAUAUCGUUAUUUAUGCGUGGCAUCGGGCGCUUACAAUCCCGCGCUUACUCAAGCAUGAUGAAGGCUCUGGAACAGGCCAAAGCCAACAAAACAUGCGGAGAUGCUGACCUGCGUCGCUUUGAUUUUGAGUUCAGUGCUUGGCCGGUUGACUUCGAUGUGGGGAGCACGGAUGAUGAUAAAAAGAAAUCACUAAAUGUUAAUAGCCGACGCAGUGGUUCGCUUAAGAUUGCCACACUACCAUGUGAAUUGGCAGCAUAUUUGGCUAUAAGUACAUUUGGCCUAUCUAUGAUGUAUCCGGGCUCAGUGAAACUUUUGCAGAAGUUCAUGCGACCCAUGUUAAUUUCUGGACGUGCAAAACUAAUUGAGGACGACAAUGGAUUACGGUACAAAAUCAAAACGAUCGAUUCAAACGAAAUUGACACUGUAUUUGUUGACAACCGCAAUGAUAAUAUUGGCAACGGAAAGACCCUGGUUAUAUGCUCUGAAGGCAACGCUGGUUUUUACGAGAUCGGAAUAAUGGCUACACCAAUUGCGCUCAAAUACUCCGUGUUGGGCUGGAAUCAUCCGGGAUUUGAAGGAAGCACUGGCAAGCCGUACCCUGAACAAGAUAGAAACGCAAUUGAUGCAGUGGUUCAGUUUGCAAUCCAACAGCUAGGCUUCGCAGUCGAGGACAUUAUUUUGUAUGGGUGGAGUAUUGGCGGUUUUAGCACGCUAGUAGCGGCCUCAAAUUAUGCCGGUGUCAAGGGAGUUAUAUUGGACGCAACUUUCGACGAUGUUCUGUAUUUGGCGGAAACUCGUAUGCCUACGAGCCUUUCUGGCAUCGUCAAAAUUGCUAUACGUAAUUACUGUAACCUGAACAAUUCGGAACUUGCCAUGAAGUACCACGGUCCCAUUUUAUUGAUUCGACGCACUGAAGAUGAAAUUAUCGCUGAGGAUAACCGUAUCGAAACGAACCGUGGAAACUUUCUAACACUGUCUGUGCUUAAGUAUAGGUACCCAAACAUUUUUAGAGCAGCACAAAUAGGAAAAGCCACUAACAUGCUGUCGAAGCCCUUGGAAGUUUCUAAUUUCACAGUUGCGGAAGAAAAACUGUGCAUGUCGCGUCUUAUUACAUAUGCGUCCGAUCAAGGAAAAUCCUUUCCUAUGCUAAUCGGCGAGGACUAUUCAGAGGAAGUGCUUAAUCAAAUGGCUAUGUUUUUGUUACGUAAGCAUUUGCGGGACUUUAGCUCAACCCACUGCUCCCAACUACCGGGCGAGUUCUUUAGCAUUCCGUGGGAUAUACCCACCGAACAUGGUUUCGUAUUCACAUAAAAAAUAUUAUAAAGUAUGCGAAUAUGACGCUCUUAAGUAUAGAUUUAGUGAAAUGGUUUUAGUCCUUUGCAUUUGACUGCUUAUUUAAAUAUACACUUCUUGGGCACAGUCGGGAGGAAUACAUAUAGACGAUAUUUGGGACAUGAUUGUCGUACAUGCAUAAAGAUACAAACAAAUAAAUUUAUAAAAUAAACGUCGCAAACAAA